UAACUUUGCAAUACCUGCACUGACCAAGAUGUCUCUGCGGUGUGGUGUUGGUUUGAAAAUCGUUAUUUACAUUACUUGUUUUCUACACUUGAUAUUCUCAGAUCCAUGUGUAGAGCUCGAAGGAAGUGACUACCAGGAUCAUGUAAAGCUCAUCUGCAAGCUCAAUCCCCGCUGCAGCUGGUAUGACGUCACAACGCUUUACCCACAUCGAGUUCAAAUCUACGAAAACGACGAUCUCCUGGCCUGGGCGUCUACCGAGAAGUCUUACAAAGUCACGCGAACUGGAAGGGAAGUCGUGGAAGAGGUCUUCAAAAACGGCCAGUGGAAUUACAAACUCUUCUUCGGCAUAGCGCUAGCAAGGAAUGAGGACACAAAUCUGGUCUACACGUGCAUAAUUAAAGGAACUACUUCGAAAGGAAAACAGUUCUCUGUAGUUGGCAGGUACUCUUUUGAAGAAGAAGAAGACACUGAAACGACCACUAGAUCUACAUCUACCACAACCGUACAGGCUUUUAGAAGAAGCACAAAAUAUUACCCCAGAACCACUCAGCAUUAUGAUUCGCGAACGACAACGAAGAAAUAUGAAGUGGUGACUAAGCAACAAUGGACGACGCAAGCAAAUAAAAAUAUUGGUAGCUCUAAACUAGAACCAGAAAUGAGACCAUGUCUAUCUUUAAAGGCUGGCCAGCAAGAAACGAAUUCUCCUUCCCCGUCAGAUCAAUUCACAUUUAACUGCAGAGUUAACAAAUGCAAUAGUACUGACAAAUGGUCACUAACCUCCAUCAGGCUUAUCAAACUGAACGGCGAUAUUCAAAUCGCAUUGGCAAACAUUGAAAGACCUAGAGGCGUUGUGGAAGCAUUGACCAGCCAGAACUCUUUUCAGAACUUCCGAGUCUCCGGGACUGUGCGUGAUGGAGUAAACAGCUUCCUUCGUGUGGACUGGAAGCUUUCUGAUGCCACGGAUUUUGGUCUCUAUCAAUGCCUCGUAACCUACAGGGAUUCCCAAGGAAAAACAAAUACCUUGAAGGAAAACAUUGAGUUCAAGUCAAGCACGAGUUUCGUUGGGGACCUAAUUAACUCGAUUAGAAAAAAGUAAUUUGGACACAUUGGUCAUUUCUUUGUUUUUUCAAAGACAUAAAGACUAUAGUAUAAGAUAAUUAUUUAAUAGAAAU